AUGGCGCUGGAGGAUCUGCUUUGUCUCUGCUUCUCUGCCUUCGUCGUCCUCGCCGUGCAAGGAAGGCUGUUGGAAGGGGAUUCUCUGGAGCUGAGCUGUAGUGCUGGUCCUGCAAAGGUGAUCCUGGAGCCAAACCAAGUCGUGGUUUUGGACUGUAACCUGGCCCCUGUUGAGCAGGUGACCAAUAUCACAUGGAAGAAGAAUGGGUUUCCAUUAGUGGAGCAGGAACAUCUCCACGUGCUUCCGAAUGGUUCACUCUUCAUCUCAUCCCAGGCUGUGGGAAAGGACAGUAAAUAUCCAGAGAAGGUUGAUGCUGAGGGUAAUUACUCCUGUGUGUCUCACAGCUCCCUAGGGGCUGUCACCAGUCAAACGGCUGCAGUCAGAUUUUCAACAUUAUCCCGCUUUUUCCAGCAGCCGGAGUCACAGGCAGUGGAGGAAAAUGGCAUGGCCAGGUUUGAGUGUCGGAUUGAAGGACUGCCCCCCCCCGUCAUCACAUGGGAGAAGGACCACGAAGCUGUUCCAGCAGAACCCAGGUUUAUAACUCUUCCAAAUGGCGUUCUCCAAAUCGUGGAUGUGCAGGAGAGUGAUGCUGGGGCUUACCACUGCGUGGCCACCAACGCUGCCCGGAAACGCUACAGCAACGACGCAGUCCUCAGGGUCCUGAAAGGUUCCCAGCCAGCAGGAGGAGAUGUCACCAUCUUCGCGGCGCCGGAGAACACCACGGUGGUGGCCGGGGAGAGCGUGGUGAUGGAGUGCAUGGCAGCUGCUGAUCCCACCCCCUUUGUCUCCUGGAUACGUCAGGAUGGAAAGGCCGUUUCAACAGAUGUGAUUGUGUUGGGCAGGACAAAUCUUCUCAUUCCUUCCAGCCAGCCCCACCACUCAGGGGUGUACGUCUGCCGUGCUAACAAACCCCAGACCAGGCAGUUUGUUACUGCUGCAGCUGAGCUCCGGGUCCUUGCUACACCCAGCAUCUCCCAGGCUCCUGAAACCAUCUCACGCACCCGAGCCAGCACAGCCAGGUUUGUCUGCAAGGCAGAGGGUGAGCCAGCCCCAACCAUCCACUGGCUGAAGAACGGGGAACCCAUCCUCUCCAACGGGCGGGUGAAGGUGCAGAGCAGUGGGAGCCUGGUGAUCAACCAGAUCGGGUUGGAGGAUGCUGGCUACUACCAGUGUGUGGCUGAGAACAGCCUGGGCAUGGCUUGUGCCACUGCCAAGCUCUCGGUGAUCGUGCGGGAGGGCUUGCCCAGUGCUCCCAAGAAGGUGUCAGCUGUGUCCCUCUCCAGCACCACAGUCCUCGUGUCCUGGGAGAGGCCAGAGUACAACAGCGAGCAGAUCAUUGGCUUCUCCUUACAUUACCAGCGGGCUGUGGGAACAGAUAACGUGGAGUACCAGUUUGCUGUCAAUAAUGAUACCACUGAGCUUCAAGUCAAGGACCUAGAACCCAAUACCAACUAUGUCUUCUAUGUGGUCGCUUAUUCCCAGCUUGGAGCCAGCAGGACGUCCUCUUCCAUCAUUGUUCAGACCCUGGAGGAUGUUCCUAGUGCUGCCCCUCAGCUGUCCCUCUCAAGCAUGACUCCUGGUGACAUCCGUGUGACGUGGCUGCCCCCUCCUCCAGAGCUGAGUAAUGGCAAGAUAACAAAGUACAAGAUAGACUACUGCACCCUCAAGGAAGCAGAUCAGAUUACCUCCAUUGAAGUGGGUGGAAAUGAGACACAAAUCACUCUCUACUCACUCCAUCCCAACAAAGUUUACAAAGUCCGCAUCGCAGCCAGCACCAGCGUGGGCUACGGGGCCCCUUCCGAGUGGACCCAGCAUCGGACUCCUGACAGAGACAACCAGACACAUGUUCCAUUUGCACCAACAGAAUUAAAAGUCCGAGCAAAGAUGGAGUCUCUGCUGAUAACAUGGCAGCCUCCAGCCAACCAUGCCCAGAUAUCUGGCUACAAACUCUACUACCGAGAAGUGGGCCCAGAGGAGUCCAGUGAUGAAAGCCCUCUGGAUGGUGCUGAAGAUGACAGCUGGGAUGUAGGACCCAUAAAACUAAAGAAGAAAGUGAAGCAGUACGAGCUGACUCGACUAGCUCCUGGGAAGCUCUAUGAGGUGAAGCUGGUGGCAUUCAAUAAACACGAAGAUGGUUACGCAGCGGUUUGGAAGGGCAAAACAGAAAAGGCACCUGCAACAGCAGUAGACCCCCCUCUGCAGAAGGGUCCCCCACUGCCUCCAGUCCAGGUGUAUGCAGAGUCCAACAGCUCAACCUCCAUAUGGCUGAGGUGGAAGAAACCUGACUUCACUACAGUCAAGAUUGUCAACUACACCGUGCGCUUCAGCCCCUGGGGGCUGAAAAAUGCCUCUCUUGUUACCUACUACACGAGCUCAGAUGAAGACAUUCUCAUCAGUGGGUUGAAGCCCUACACCAGGUAUGAGUUUGCUGUGCAGUCCAAUGGUGUUGGCAUUGAUGGACCCUUUGGCAGUGUGGUGGAGAGGUUCACCCUUCCUGACCGUCCCUCAACUCCUCCCUCUGACCUGAGGCUGCACCCACUCAACCCCUAUGCUGUCCAGGUGCACUGGUGCCCCCCAGCUGAGCCCAAUGGCAUCAUUGUGGAGUACCUCAUCCUCUACAAUGCCAACAACACGCAGCCUGAUGACAUGUGGACCCUGCUGACACGAGAAGGAAAUAUCUUCAGCACCGAAGUGCAUGGCCUGGAAAGUGAUACCAGAUACUUCUUCAAGAUGGGAGCAAAGACAGUUGUGGGAUCUGGUCCCUAUUCAAAUGUGAAGGAUGUGCACACCCUCCGGGAGAAGUUGUCAGAUGUUCUGGAUAUCCACUCAGUCACAGGAAUCAUUGUGGGGGUCUGCCUGGGGCUGCUCUGCAUCCUCUUCUGCAUGUGUGCCAGCUUCCGCAACAGCAAGCAGAGGGAGGCCCUGCCAGGCCUGGAUUCCCAGGCAGCUGGCAACCACACUUACUACCACCGGAGCAGGCAAGGGGUGACAGCUCCCAGUGCCACCUUGGACUCCCAUGAGCUGGAGUCCCUCAUGUCCCCAGUCUCAGAGGAUGCACCCAUGCCCUUGGGAGACAUCACAGAACUGACAGAAGUGCACAGCCUCAUCCACACCAACCUCCCUGAGGACAUUGCCCAUGGGAAAAGGAAGGCUUCAUGGAAUAAAGCAGCCAACCAGCCCUGGACAAACAGCAUUGCCAGAUAUGGGGACACAAUCACAAAAGAGCCUCUCUCUGCUGUGAAUGGAUCACUGAAGCUCCCUUCCAGUGCAGGACAGAAGCUUUUGUUACAAGCUCUGGUUUAUGAUGCUGUGCUGAGUGAAGCAAAGAAAAGCCACCCGCCAGCCAGCCUCCACCAAGUGGAAGCAGAGGUCAUUGUCCAUUCUGAUUUUUCAGCCUCUGACAGAGACUACGACUCCCAGUUGCACACCCUGGAGAGUGAAGAGACAGAAAGUGAGGACCAGGAGCCUGAAGAGCUCCCCUCUGGAGAGCUGACCCUUCCCAGCUCUCCCAACACCCAGCAGGAUGCUGGCCAAGUGUUGGUGGACUGCACGGACAACUCUGAGGUUCGGGCCCAGGAUGAGGUGUUACCUACCAACAGCAAGACUGAAAAAACAGAGGCUGUUUGCAUCCAUGGGCUCACCAAUGGCUUUCACAGGCCCGGGGAAAAUCUGGAUUCAGUGGAGAGUGAAGAUUCAGACUCCACCCAGGAAGGCAGAGGGGAUGUUCAGCCAGUCAAGUGCCAAUCGCUCUCCCCACCCCCUGAGGAGUCCCCCCUCUGUAGUAACUCUGGUUUAACCAGUUCAUCCUCAGCAUCUGAGAACAUGGCAUGUGUCCACAAUCAUUAAAGAGUGAAACUAAUCUGAUUUUGAUCACGGGAGAGCUGGAAGCAUUAGUAAGGGCCUGGCCCUGUGAGGUUCUGCGUGCCCUCCACUCGCUGAGCCCAGCAGGAGCUAAGAAGGCACCGAGUCCCACCAGAACAGGGUUCCAUCUCUCCGCUGUACAUAUCACCUUCAAGAAAUCAGUAGGCAGGCUGGUAAGGGCCCAUCUUCUCCUUGCUGAAGCUGAUGAGUAACUUGGUUUUUGUGGGAAGAGGAUUUGAGCCAUCUGCCAAAGUCUGACAUCAAACCACAGCUAGAACAGAGCCCUCUACCUUCAGCUGGGGCUAUCACUCUGCUGUAGUCCUGGAGGCGACUGGCAAGACAUCUUUUAAUGCUGGCAAGAGGCAAGGUACACUGAGGGCUUCCUCUCAGCUGUCUCUUCACCAGGGAGUGCCUUGGCACUGCCCACUGCCUGGCAGCAUUGGGAUGGAUUUUGUCAGAGGAGUCCCGCAAGGAGGUGGAAGCCAAGACAAACAACUGCAGUGAGCUGGAACCACCAGCCUUUUCUGCCCUCCUGUGGUUAAAAGGAUUAUAAGGCUCUCUUUGUGCACUGCUGCAGUAACUAUUACUAGCAGGCUGAUGUAGUGGCCUUUUAUUACACACUCUACGAGUGCCUCUAACAACUUGUACUAUAUAGAACCUUCUUCAGUGUCUGGGUCGUUUCACCAACCUGGACUUUGUUUUAUGUAGGUUCUUGUACCUAAUAUUUUAGGUACACAUCUGUCCUUUUAAUGUACAACAUGUAUUUUUAUUUCCUUGGAACGUCUUUAUUUAAUUUUAUAAAGUGGAGUAGUGUGUGGUAUAGAGUAGCAUUUUUACUACUUCUCUCUUUCUUUAUUUUUUUCCUCCCUAACAACACAACUACCUCAUGUCUGUUGGAGAAAAAAAAAAAGCAGUGGGAUCUACUCUUUUGUUGUAGUCCAUUAUAGGUUUUAACUUAUUCUUAUACUGCCUUUUUCUAAAUAAUAUGUUUGCACUGGUUGUUGACUCUUUUUUAAUGCAUAGUGCUGCCGAUCUGAUGUCUCUCUUGCUUUGUUUCUAAGUGUUGCUGUAGGACACCUUCCCUACAGCUGGAGAGUUGGGCUGUCUUACUCUGUAGGACUGUUUUUCAGGAGAUGGCCAAAGGAGGAUGCUUCAGCUGGUGGGAUGUUGAUCCAUCUUUCCUUAAGAAGCUCAUUACUAGUGAAGAGAAAAAAGAACCAACGACUGUAAAAUUAACUUGUGAUCUUGGGAACAUCUGUUUCUUUUUUUAAUUUUGUGCUCAAGUGAAAACUCAUCAUCCUCUUUUCCUACCAAAACUUCCCCAAAGAUAUAUGGGGAGCUGAUCUGAGAUCCUGUAAAAAGUCUUUAGACUUUGGGUUAUUUUGUGGUGAAAUCUGGACUGAGGUUCCACUGCUUGCAGCAAGAACCUCACUCUACCACCAUCUUAUUCCUACUUCUACUGUGAAGUGUUUGGAGCUGAGCUGGACCAGACUGUGUCCUUGUAAUCCUCCAUCAAACUCUAUUAGCUCCAGCUCUCAGUAGAGGAACACCUCCAAGCUUCUGUGUACCCUGUUGGGAAAGAUAUCGAAGCUUCCACCUCUCCCCAUCCCACAGCAUCUCCUCCAAGCGUGACGCAAACGUGAGGCAAAAAUAUAGAGCCCAAUUUCCACUCGUGGCAUUUGCUCUGUUGCUCCAGCUUUGUAUCUUGAGGAGUCUCAGAAAUGCUGUUCCAUGCUCUGAAGCUCUGUGACUCUGAAAGGGAGUGGAAAUCUGUGCUGGUGAGCAGGAGCUGAAAAGGCAAGAAAUCAUAACUGGUCAGAGGAAGUGUGCAAUUGACCUCCAGAACUCACUGCCAUAAGACUUUGAAACUAAUGACUUAGCAGGGUUACAGAUAAGGCAGUGAAGUGUUAUUGCAGGCAAUAAGGGCACUUGGCCAUUCUGUGGGAGCAGAUGUGAUUGCAGAGGCAUAAAACCCUCCAGCUGGGGAGUACUGGGCACAGCUGCUGAGGCUGGAGGGAGAUUCCUGCAGCUGAACCUCACUUUGCAGGUAGUUUCAUGGAAGUCUUUGCCCUUCUCCAGUAGCAGGACAGACCCUGGAUGUGCCACAUUGCUGCUGCUGAUGUGCAGAAAGGGAGGAGGACUCAUCUCCACAAAGCUCCCUCCAGAGAAGCCCCUGGUGACCUCCUUCCACCUCCAAACCCAAGCCUGCAAGAACAGCAGGAUGCUGAAGGGCUGCUUCUGCUGAGAGUCUCAGGUGCUGGAGGGCAGCACCAGGAUGAGUUUGGCCAGCAGUGGGUAUGACUGAGGCACUGAAGUUGUCCCCAGCUCCCUGUCAUGACACUACCUGGGGCAGGGCAGGUGCCAGCCCUCAGUUUUCCAUCCAGGAACCCUUAGGGGUGGAGGCUUCAUCCAGGGGCUGAUUAAGGAGUGUGCCACUGUUCUGGGACACUCCUUUGUACAUUCACCCUCUACUUUAGCAGUCAUUUAGCCAUGGGGUGAGCAUUCCUGAUCUGCCUAAAAGCUCUCCCUGCAUGCCACUGAAGGCAACACAAGCAGGCACAGUGUGGCACCAUUUUCCUGGAUCACCUCAUCUGAUCAUGACACCAAGUUACAUGCUCCAAGAGCUCUAGGAAAAUGCAGCAGAGUGCAAACAAUUCUGAUAAUGCAUUACAAAAAUACUUGGCCUCCUCUGAGGCUUCUUCUGAUCUCAUUGCAUGCCACUGAAUUGUACCAGAGUGUGAAACUGGCAGUGUUGGAUGUCCAAGUACUGCCCUGGCCAUCACUGGUGUGCCAGAGCUCAGCUGCAGAAACCAAGGCAGUUCCCUCACAGCCAAGGGAUGAUGCCCAGCAGCAGGGAAGCUGUUCCCUGGACAAACACGUGUCCUUGCAGUGCUGCCUGUCCUUGGCCAACUCAGCUGUGCCCCAAGUCGCUCCCGUUUUGAACACGCGUGGGAUCUUUGUAGUCUCAGCUAGAAAUGAAUGGAAGAAGACAGAUACUACACGGUUUGUGUGUGAAGCUGAAACAACCAGUGCAUAUAUUUUUUUAUUGUGAAAUAAGUAGCUUUCUUGCAGGUUUCUCACAGGCACACAAACUGUUGAUACCUUUAAUUACCCGCCAUACUUAUAUUCCUUUGCAUCAGGCUCCUUUCUCCCUUUUCUUCCUUUCAGUAACACUAAAGAUUAUUGCUGUUCAACUUCUUGCUGGUGUAUAUUGUUUUACCUUGUUGAAAUGUCAGCUUUGUCUCACUGGCAUAAUUUUUUAGUAUUAAUGUUACCGUUUGCCUACACAACUGUAUAUUCCCCAUGCUGCUGCCAGAGUCACAGUUCUCAUCCUUUUAGUUUUUUCUUUGCAUUCCCUGUUAGGUGACACAUGUGACUUGGAUAAAAAUCUCUUUCAACUUUUUGUUGAUUUGAUUUCCUACUUAACAGACAGCAAAGUUCUGGUUUAAAUAGUUCAAAUGGGAACUUAUGGUCUAGGUUUUGAGAAUUUUUUACAUAUUAGCUAACAGAUCAGCUCAUAAAAUAUGCUGUGUAAGAAAGCAACCAUUUUAAUAGAGCAGUGUAUAUGUUUAUGUUUUCAUUAGAAAUAGGUAUUUUGAAGGGAUCAUUGUGUCUUUUCUAAUCAAUACUUUUGUUAGAAAAGAGGUGUUUAGUCCAGCAGAAAUCUACCAUCUAGUUCUGUUAUUGUAUUCCCUUGCUUAUAUUUUAAAUUUCAUUUAAUUUUCUACACAGUGCAUAAGGAUGUGUAACCAGAACUUGAUCUUGUUUGAGGAUUGUGUCAGUGUUUGGUUUCAUGCUGUACUUAAUUAUAACUUUCUUUCUUCAGAGACUGUUCUUACUUCACAAAUACUCUUUAGUGUUAAAGUGUAAGAAGACAUUGUCCUUAUAUUCCUUAACUAAUGGGUUAUUAAUAAAAU